GCCAGCCUUGUCCUCGGUCUGCUUUUGACCCGCCGACCUCGCGAAAGCCCGGCGGCGGCGCGGACGCGGCGGGGGACCUGUGCUCGCAGCGGCGUUUCGGUGUCGGCCCCUGGAGUGUCGUUCCAGAUCUAGUGACUGGCUUACCAUGGCUUCCAGUCACACCGUGCUGAUGCGGUUGGUGGCCUCUGCAUAUUCCAUUGCUCAGAAGGCAGGGGCGAUCGUCAGGCGUGUCAUUGCCGAGGGAGACCUGGGCAUCGUGCAGAAGACCUCUGCCACAGACCUGCAGACCAAAGCAGACCGCUUGGUGCAAGUGAGCAUCUGCUCUUCCCUGUCGCGGAAGUUCCCCAAGCUAACGAUUAUAGGGGAAGAGGACCUGCCUUCUGGGGAAGUGGAUCCAGAGCUGAUUGAAGACGGCCAGUGGGAGGAGGUUCUGAAGCAGCCGUGCCCGUCCCAAUACAGGACCAUCAAGGAGGAAGAUCUUGUGGUUUGGGUUGAUCCUUUGGAUGGCACCAAGGAGUACACUGAAGGUCUUCUCGACAAUGUCACAGUUCUUAUUGGAAUUGCUUAUGAAGGAAAAGCCAUAGCAGGCAUUAUCAACCAGCCAUAUUACAACUACGAGAGCCAUGAAAAGCAGAUGUUAAGGGGACACAGGAGUGCAGCAACGGCAGGACCAGAUGCCCUGCUGGGGAGGACAAUCUGGGGAGUGCUGGGUUUAGGAGCCUUUGGCUUCCAGCUGAAGGAAGCGCCUGUUGGGAAGCACAUCAUCACAACCACCAGAUCCCAUAGCAACAAACUGGUCACCGACUGUAUUUCAGCCAUGAACCCAGAUGAUGUGCUGCGAGUGGGAGGAGCAGGAAAUAAGAUAAUUCAGCUAAUUGAAGGAAAAGCCUCUGCAUAUGUAUUUGCAAGUCCUGGAUGUAAGAAAUGGGAUACGUGUGCCCCCGAAGUUAUCUUGCAUGCGGUGGGAGGCAAGCUGACGGAUAUCCAUGGCAACGCCCUCCAGUACGACAAGGACGUGAAGCACAUGAACUCGGCAGGAGUCCUGGCCACGCUGAGGAACUAUGACUACUACGCCAGCAGGGUCCCCGAAUCUGUCAAAAGUGCACUGAUUCCCUGAAGGGACGGUCCACUCGCUCGGCCAGGAGGACUCGCUUCUCCACGUGGCCCUUUUGAGAACUGAUUGAAUGGAAGUAGAGCUCCACCUUCAUUCACCACAGACCAGUGAUUUAAUUAGUAGUUUACUUAGUAAUACAAAAUAGCGGUGAAGACUUUUCCCUUAUCGCAGCCUCAUACUCCGUGCCUUGAGCAUGUAGCAAAUUUCAUGUGUUCUUUUCCCAGUUCAGAGAACAAGAGAGCCAGGCAUGGGGGCAGGUGUCUAGUCGCAACUGUUUUGGAGGUUGAGGUAGGACCACCUGAGUCCAGGAGCUCAAGACCACCUUUAGCUACAUAGGGAGAUCCUGUCUCACAAAAAAAUGAGGAGAGAAAGAAACUUAACUGACCAGAUCAUUUUUUGACAUCUGGAGAAUUUAUAAACUUGAUGUCUUGUACUUUCUUCUUGUUUUCAUAUGUAGAAAUGGACAAAGGGCCAGGUCCAGCCGGCUCUCUGGGUCACUGGUAUAAUCAACAUUCCUGUCUUGUCAACCAGCUUUCUUCAGGGCACAGAAUCUUAAGUUGUUCCAGAAUUUCACUCUUGUUUUUUAUAGCCAUUUCUAUAGUGUCUUAUUCUAAUUGUGAAUACAUAUAAUGUUGUGUAUGUUGAUGGUAUAUUUAUGGGGAAAGUUUCUUUAAAAUAAAAUAGUUAAUCCUA